GGAAGAAGAUUUACAUGAGACUGAGGCCAGUCAUUUUUGAUUAAUAUGAAUACUGUAAAGAUCUCUAAUUUGCCGACGUUUCCUGCCGCAACCAUGGAGUCUCAAAUGAUCUCUGGAAAGAUGUUUUUUUGCUCAUCAUUUUUUCUCAAAUUUAUCAGCCUAAUUCUACUACACGCAGCCGCUGAAAGCGAGGUAAGUUUCUUUAUUGGUUUUAAAUGGCCAAAAGAAGAUUCUCUUUAACCCCAGUCAGUUACAAAUCCCAGGUUGCUGAGAGAUUUAGUAGAGACUACAAGGCCGCGAAGACCACCCUUUAGUAGUAUUGCCCUGAAAGAACACCCUGAAAAAAGGGUUAAAAUUCGACAAUUUAUAUUUGUAACUUUGACCCAACAAUGCUCUACGAAACUUCGUUCGUUUAAAGGAUUCAAAAGUUCCUGUUUAUUUAAGAAAGUGGGGGAGGCGAAUGCAAAUUGUUCACGGAAUCUUAACAGUGCCGAAAAUUUAUGGGAAAGCCACGACUAUAAUAAUACUUCAAAUUUACAAGCUAUCGUCUUCUUUUAUUAAAAGAGUUUUUUUUAUCUGAAUCAAACUGAAUUGAUAUGAUAUUCAUUUAUAUUUAUUUAUAUUUAGUCUAGAAUCAUAGCAUAUUAUCCUAUGAACAAUAUAAAAUAUUUCCCAUCGUGUUUUGUUUAAAAUAGGCUUGUCUCUCACGAUAGUUUCUUUGCUGUUAUUGAUCGCGACGUUUGUCAGAGUUAAGUAAAAUUACGAAAAACAGCAGGAAAAUAUGUGAACAAUAUUCCAAUUUACCGGAAAACAUUAGCCCUCGAAGGUUUCUUUGAUUCAUGACUAUUAAACAGAAUGUCGCUUAAAUUUAUUCUUUAGCUCUCAGUUGCUUAGAUUCACAAGCGUAACGUGGGAAAUCGGAAUUCGCUGGUCACUAAAAACCAUCAUAAACGAAAUCCUACCCCAUGACUCAUUUAUCUAACAGAAUUUUGUUGAUACGUUAUCUUUGUCCUCUCCACGCAGGUGCAGCUUAUUCCAAAUGACUCUUUCUGUAUCCCUGUACAUCAGCCAGAACAAUUUGGUAGCGAGGUAAUAUAUAUUCAAAACUUCUUAUCACAAUCAAUUUCAAUUUUGAGCUUGGCGUCAGUUAACAAUAAUACUUAGUGCUCCAGGUUUGCUUUUCAAGUGUUCAUGAUAAAAUGUGCUUUCUGAAAAACCUCUCAGUCCUAUUUCUACAUAUUGUGGGGGUGUUCGAGCAACUCGCUCGCUACGCGAUGAGCUACUAGGAAAAUGAUAUUAUAUCUUGGUCCUUAUUCUUCUUUGACAUCUGCUAACAAAUUUAAUCUGAAUCUUCUAACUCUUCUCCUCUAUUCAAUCCUUACUAUUAAACUAGUUCAAGUAUGGUAACGGUUUUUACGGCCAAAGCUGGACAUGCUCGGGUUAGCUGACCGUCGGAAUAUAAUCAAGAUGAACUGGGUGUGGGCAAGAGCCAGUUUUGACAUAACUGAACCUACGUGGUUGUGAUUGGCAAGAAGCUACAAACCCAAAAGGAACUUCAAUGAGACAAAUGAACCAAGGUCAGCUCUGACAUGACAAACAGGACCACCAAUGAAAAACUAGCAUCUGUCAGUGGCAAGCGAACAAUAUUCCUAAAAUGGCAUUAAGUAAAUCCUCGAGUUUGCAGGCAAAAAUUCAACAAGUAUUAAAAACACAAGAUGAAAAGAGGAGAACACCUAUGUGGAAAACUCAAGAGUAACCUUGAACCACUUAAUAAAACAAAAACGAAACUUAAAAGAAAAUACAAAUCUUGAAAAUUACUAUCACAAUAACAUCAAUAUGUAUAAAGUAAAGCAUAUACACGAUUCGGUCAAUAAACCUAACCUCGUCCCAAAGAGGAUUUUUCCCAGGGUUAUUUCAAUACCCACAAAGGGCUGAAGUCUGAUUUCUAUUAAACCGUUAGUAAGCUUGAGGCAGGUUAUAACUUAAAGGAGUGCUUUGCGCUCACCUCCGUAGUAACUGAAAGGGCCUUUAAUACACGGCUUCGUCCGUUCACUAGGUCCGACGGCUAUGCCAUGCUGAUGAGCUCUAAUAAGGGCAAAGCAGCUAUCCAUGGCUGCCACUGUCCGGAUGAUAUGGCUGUGAGCAUGCCUGAGGUAAUGGCCAGGCUGUGGGUUGGUGUAGGUGUGCGGUACAAAUUUACAUUGGCUUUCAAUGUAUCUACUUUCACCGUUAAUUGAUUAAUUCAACAACUUAUUUCUAUCAAAGGGGUUUAUUAAAAAAGUGCCCUUGUUUCAUAGUUUUCAUAGGAAAUGUUAUUUGAGGGCAUGCUUUUCUGGAGUUGGCCGCUAAUUCAAUCAUUCACAAUAUUAGACCUGAUUAUUGUUACUUGUAAGAUUCUGAUUUCACUUACAGGGACUCCUCAGGGUAUUCCACAUGACUCCUCUAUGGCUUGAGACGAAUGCAUCUCAUAUUGACUGCCAGCAUACCGCAUCCGCUGCUCAACUGACUUUCAACGCAGGCUCAGUAAUGGAUGUUGUUCUACUUAAAGUUCCCCUUGUCGCUGCUGGUGUAUUGCAAGAUUCGACUCUGCUAACUGUGCAAAUAACCGUUGCUCAUGACGUCACUAUCGGAAACACAUUUGACAGUGAUAUUAGAUACGGCAUUUCUGAUGGCAGUCGAUUUGUUGGGUUUGAAGUCUGCGACAAAGGAGAUUACGCAGACAAUGCUCCUUGUUAUGGGGUGGAGGGUGUCCCAGGGGUUUCCCUGUCAUCUAUCCGACAUAUUGAUCAUAAAUCGUUCAAGACUAGUGACUCUCAUUACCCGGGUUUGUUUGAUUUUACUCUGCAUCUAAAUGAGCGGUGGGGCUCAUGCUACACUGCUAAUGAUGGAGGCUAUACCAAAACCACACAGUACAACAACCGACUUAAGUUUAGCAAGGGGCUUUCCUUAGAGGUGUACAAAAGUGACAGUGGCGAAAGGGUGGGGGUGAAGUACAUCAAAGUAGUUGUUGUAGAAACCUCUAUUACAGGUUGAUUUGACCUUGAUGUUUAUUAUUACGCUCUUGUAAUGGCCUUUGUCAGUUUCAGCUCCCGAGAAACAGUUUGUAUGAAAGUAUCAUUGACGCUGCUAUUCUUGCAGGGACUUGGUCAAGUUAAACCUGACG